AGACAGUAAACUGCGUGUUUUUAUCUGUGGACGCAACUUUGCUCGCUCGACAACUUGAAACUUAAACAGUUAUUUUUAGUUAAAAUUUACAACAGUGAAGUUCAGAAUUAUCGCUGCGAAAAUGUUAAUGUGUGGUGUAAACUAUAUUAGGACAACUAUGCAAAACAUUUAAUGUUUGAAAGCUAGCCACUUUUCACAGAGGCCCACAAAACCACAUAAUCACAAAAUCCAAAAACACAAAAAAAAUAUAUUAAAAUUAAUAAAAAAAAGAGAUAGUUCGUCUUUGCAAGUCUAUAGGCACAUUCACAUUUAAGCAUUAAACAAUUUGCACAUCCAAAUUAAAUAAAAAUAACAAAAGAUAAAAAACAUUUGAAAAGUGUCUGGUGAAAGAGAGUAUUCUGAGAACUGUAAAUGAUGGCUCUGCCCAAAAAGAUUAAAUGUUUUAAAUAUUUAGUUUACAGUUAUGUGUUCCUCUUGGCGUUGACGGGAGCAGCGCAAAUAUUUUUGGGAACAUCCCUUUUGUGGGGACACUCGGUUUAUUAUGGGAUCGUACAGAACAAGUUGUGGGCUCCAGCUGCAAUCCUGCUUUGCCUAGGUCCCGUUACAUUCAUACUAUGCUGGAUGGGCUGCCAGGCAACCAACCAACGGAAACGCUGUCUCCUCGGCAUGUUCGCAGCUCUUUUGGUGGCUUGUAUAUGUGUUCAAUUCAUUAUCUGUGGUUGGUCCUUGGCAAUGCGAGAGAAUCUUCCAACAUCUGUGGAGAUUUUCAUUGACGAUUCUUUUGUCGAGUUUUUGGACAAGUUCUCCAGAACUAAAGUUGACAACUUGCAUUUGUGGAAUCGCAUGCAAUCUCAGUUGCAGUGCUGCGGUGUCGAUGGACCGCUUGACUAUCGACGACUUUCGCUUCCUUGGUCGUGCUGCUCUCGUCCUGAGCACGCCUACGAAUCGGCAUGUGAUACUCACUAUAAGCGCGGCUGCUUGGCCGUAGUAUCGGAGCAGAUCAAGAGUCGUCUGAUGAUAACCGCAUUUGGAGCUGCCAUCAUUGCCAUUCUACAGAGUUUGGGUAUCUUUUGUGCUGUACAUUUGACCAUAUUGUUUGGCAAGAACGACAAUACCCAUCCAAUGAAUAUGAAUCGAAAAAAGAAGCAACAGCAAUUCUUACCAUUGACCAUACAGGAUAAGAGGCACGAUUUACCAUCACCAAUUAAUCUGUCGCCAUCGGCACCAGGACAACGCGUUUUAAAAACUGCUCUCCCUUCGGCCAUGCACAAAUGACAGACGAUUAGCUUUUAAUAUUUAACAUAAUUAUGAAAACCAAAAAAAAAAAAACUCAAAAAAGUUAUAAAAACAAACAAAAAAAAUAAUGUUGUAACCUGAGAUGGAAUGAAUAUAACUGUGACCCUCAAUGUUACGUUAUGGUAAUUUUAAAAACAAAUUGACCGUUCGAGCAAAAAAUGAAACAACAUUUAAA